UUUUUCAAUUUAUUUUAUUUAGAGUACAUGUAAUGUAUCAUAUCAGACGAAAUAUUUGAACUAACUUUUAAAUCCACAAAUACUUGGUAAAUUGUUAUGGGCUGUGCACAAAGUAAUAAUAAUGAUGUAAGAAGAGAAAGUUUGUAUGAGCGGAGAAACACAUUGGUUGUGAAACCACAUGUUAAUGUUAAAGUUGGUGGUGGGAUACGCUUUGAAGACAUUAAUGGCACUAAAAUUAUUUUUAUAUUUGGGGGACCUGGUUCAGGUAAGGGUACAAUAGUCAACAAUCUUGUGGAUAUGUACAACUUUCAUUUUGUUUGUGGAGAAGAUUUAAUCCUGGAAAAACUUAUUGAAAAACUGUUGCCUGACUGUGAGGAGGCUGGUACUGGAACAACAAAAUUGUUAUCAAAAAAGAUGGAAGAGGACCCUUCUCAACUCACCCUACAUUGGGUGUUAGAACUUAUUGAAGAAGAAAUCGAAAAGCAUAAAGGCGACACUAUUCUUGUUGACAUUGUUCCAAAUCUUAAGUUUUUACUUAAAGUGCCAACAUUUGUAAAAAACUGUGAAGAAGAAAUGGAACAAUUUGAAAACAAGCAUCCAGUUGCAUUUGCUAUCAACUUGUUACUUGAUCAAGACCAUUUAAUAUCAAAUAUUAAUCAGACACAUGCAUGUACGAAAGCACCGUCAUCUGGCCAAACAGAAAACAAGGGAAGCUCUGAUGAAAUGGACACAUCUAGAACACAACGUAGAUAUAAUAUGUACAAUAAUUCUGUUAAAGAAUUUUUGAGUUAUUUUGAGAAUGAUGAUAGACUGUUGACUGUUGACACAUCAUGUGGAAAAAUUGACGUUGUGUGGGAUAGUGUACGGGAUUAUGUUGUUGACAGUGAUAUUGCAGUACCAGUAAUGGGCCUCGACCAAGUUGUUUUGUUUAAAACAAGUGAAAGCGACUUUAGUGACGUUGAUAGAGAGAGGUAUCCAAUGUUAGACGUGAACAUUAAAACGCUUGUUUCUGAUUCAGCAACUGCUACCCCUGAAGCACUACUUCACAAACUGGUAGCACAUUUACGAGUCAACGCCAUCGAAUCCAAAACUUUUGUUGUGGAUAUUACAGGCACUUCUCUUUGUUUAGUAGAUAAAUUUAGAGAGACAAAACAACCACGGUUAAUGUUUUUGGAGUUAGAAAUGGGUCAAUUAGAUUUCUUUAUCCACGGUUUGCGAAGGAGAACGGAGAGAAAGAAAUCGUUAUUUCGAAAGCAAGCGCAAUACUUUCGCUCGAUAACCACGUCAGAGAACGACGCUUUAAUUUUCCCGCAACACACCGACGUGGAGCUGUGCCAUCGAAUUGGUGAAGAAUUCAUUAUCGCUAAAAGUGUGGCUUAAGUCUUUUUUCGUUCGGUAACAGUAUCUAUAAGUUAAAAAGUGAAGUUUUAUCAAGUAUUUUUAGUUAAAAUAGCCAUCCUGAUCUCUUGACUUGCGCAUUUUUACUCAAACCUAUACUUGGUAAGACUUUCACCAUUUACUGAAUAUUAGUUUGACUUGUAACAAGUUUCAUGUUUUCGUUCAUAUUUUUAGAGUUGGUGAUAUAUGUUUUUAAAAAACACGUUUUUGUAUAUUUGUGCAUAAGUUUUACGAAAGGUUUUUUUGUCAAAAAAGAGAUUCCAUAUUUAUUUAUUUAGUUGUAUAUAUAUAAAUAAAUUAAAGUUAAGGAAAAAACAUUUUUAGAAACAUCAACAA